AUGAGUGUAGCAAGUCUCCGUCCACCUCAGGAUUGUGCAUUGAAGCACCUCUUUUCAUGUACCCGCUAUUGCCGUUAUCGCCUAUUCAAUUCAUCUUCUGCUGACAUCCUUCCCAGGUCUUUUUUGACAUUCUAUCGUCGUACGCACGCUGGCAGCAGUACGACGCAUGCCCUCGCUGUCAUAGCCGAUGCCCGUCGCUGUAAGGGCGACUAUGGAUUUAAUGUGUUUCACAACUCAAACCCACAGCACGGUGGGUCCUAUGCCAGACACGAGCGCCGUAUGCGCGAUGAUGAAGUCGAGGAUUUUCUUCGGUCGGUAAAGGGAUGGGUACCGGUACGGGGGUGCGACACCUCUGCACAAGAAAUGAGCAGUGUAAAAGGGAUCGACAGUAGCUCCUACGUAGCGGAAGACGCACCGCCGGCUGAGUCGCAGGUUGUGUUUGGUGAGGAGGCCAUCAAGCGCACUUUUACAUUCCUGAGCUACCACGAGGCGUACCUGUUCAUGGGCCGUGUCUGGGCCUUUUGCUACGGCAGCGACAAAUACCCACACUUAACGUGGGAAGACCGUAAUAUCACUGUUUAUUUGUACUCUCCCUCAUUCCGUGGGCUAAGCAGACGCGAGGCACGUGUGGCAGCCUUCCUAAAUGAUACCUACAAUAUGUUCAAGAAAAGUCGGAUUCAGCAGCGCAAGAUCAUGGAAUCGGUGACAAAACGUGCCGUUGUCGAGCAGCUUAUCGGGGAAGGGGUGCAAAAGGAGAUCAAGGGGCGAGAAGCGCGACGAGCUGCACCGUUGCAAGAACUGAAGGAAGGACCCCAAUGCUGGGAGAAGCUUGUGAAUCUGACGAUUCAAAAACCUUAG